AUGAAUUUCAAAUCACUCUUUUUUAUCUGUUUAAUUCUAGCAUGUUUAGAAUCAAUAAUAGCGGGACCAAUUAAGGUCCUAACUCCCAGCGAGGAUGAUUUCUAUAGUCUACCUGAUGGAUAUGAAGACAAGGAACCGGGUACUAUAUUAAAGAUUAGAAAACCACCACAACGACUCAGAGGUAUUUAUUUCCCCAUCCUGGUUAAAGGUGCUUGGCAAGCAUUAGUAAGAACAACAGAUUCGCAUGGAAAUGCUACUGCCAUAGUAACCACAAUUAUCGAGCCAUUCAAUGCAGACCCCAGUAAGGUCGUUUCUUAUCAGGUUAUGCAAGAUUCUGCAAGUAUUAAUUGUUCACCCUCUUAUUCAUUCUUGUAUGGUGCCUCGAUGAAUACCGUCUUUGCCCAGCUUGAAAUGUAUGUCAUAGAUGUGGCCUUGAUGAAAGGAUGGUAUGUAGUAAUCCCCGAUUAUGAAGGCCCAAAAGCUUCCUUCACUGCUGGAAAACAAUCCGGACAAUCCACCUUGGAUUCCAUAAGAGCCGUUUUAAAAACCACUAAUGUCACAGGUAUCAAAGAAGAUGCAAAGGUCGCUAUGUGGGGUUAUUCUGGAGGAACGGUGGCUACUGGGUGGGCAGCUGCUUUGCAACCAACAUAUGCUAAAGAACUCAAGUCCAACUUAAUUGGUGCUGCCAUGGGCGGAUUUGUUACUAAUAUUACAUCGACUGCUGAAGGAGUAGAUGGCACUAUCUUUGCUGGUUUAACAGCAAGUGCAAUAGCUGGUUUAACUAACGAGUAUUCCCAGCUUAAAUCCAUGGUCCAGAAGUUGUUAAUGCCAAGUAAACUAGUGGCUUAUAACAAAGCCCAAACCUUGUGUUUCUUACCGUCUAUAGUAACAUUUGCUUUCCAAAAGUUUUUCACUGGUCCCAAUAGAUACUUCGAUGAAGGUUGGGCAUUAUUCAACGACCCUACAAUUAAAAAAGUUAUCGCUGAGAAUACACUCGCCUUAAAAAAAGGAGACCCUGUCCCUGAAAUUCCGCUAUUUGUAUUUCACGGAGAAUUGGAUAAAAUUGUUGCAUAUAAAGAUGCAGUGAGAACGUACAACAACUGGUGUGAAUGGGGUAUCGACUCUUAUGAGUUUGCCAUUGACGAGACAACAGGACAUAUUACGGAGUUUAUCGAAGGAACUCCUGCUGCGAUUGCUUGGUUGACUAAGAUGUUCAACGGAGAAAAGCCAGUAAAAGGCUGCAAAAGCACUAAAAGGUUCACUAAUCUCUUGUACCCAGGUGCGAAUACAUCUGUCGCAAAUGUGCUCUCAGAUUCAGUGAAAACCGUUCUAGGUGAAAACUUUGGUCCGAAUGCUGAAAAUAUUGAUAAAGGCAGUAGAAAUGCUACUCAUGUUAAAAGAUCUUUAGAAGAAUUGGGAGUAUCGUUGGAUUUCCCACCCGAAGGAUCCAUGUAG